AUGUCGUCUGACCAGUACUAUCAAGGUCAAGUUAUAUGGUCCGAAUGUAGUCGUGGUAUAGCUGAAGCACUCUGGUACAAAAAAGAUUGUCUUCGAGAUCAGACGAGACCGAAACGUUUAGGUGACACAUCACUCUCGUUAGGUGACACAUCACUCGACCACUCACGUUAUCACGAUUUACCCGGAAGAAAAUGGACCGCCAAAGCACAAUGCGAAAUAUAUUUUCGCGACAAGGAUGCAAACGUAGUCUCGUUGCUUGAUAUAUGCAAAACCUUAGAAUGCGAAACGCCUCACAAGAAUGGGCAUUACAUCACGGGACCGGCAUUGGAAGGAACUUAUUGUGCACCCGGAAAGGAAUGUCGUGGCGGAGAAUGCGCACCCGUUAUCAAACCACCGUACAUUUUUGAAAAUUGUGAAGAUGAUAACUGGAGUGAAUGGAAAGAAAGCAACUGUCAAAGUAUCUGCUUGGAGAAAUCUAAAGGUGUAAAACUCAAACGACGUUCUUGUAGACAUAGGAAUCGCAGAACGACGAGUUGUCAAGGACCAUAUUACGACGUAGUCCUGUGCGAUGAUACUUUACCUUGCAUUAAGAAACGCAAGACGAUUGACUCAUUUAUCAAAAUAAAAUGCAUGAAAUUUUUGAGUAACUUUUCCACCAUAUCGUUUAAGAAUUUGACGCUUAAACUAACACCUAAGUUCGAGCUAAGAUGGCAGGCCGCUCAUAAUUUUGAGAAACCGUGGAUAGCUUGUACUAUACACUGCCAACAAAAAGAUUCGUCUACUAUCGACGCACUACGCUUGAAAAUGCUCAACCAUAAUAUUAAUCCGUACUUUCCAGAUGGAACGUGGUGUCAUGAGAAAGAUGGCCAGGAUUAUUAUUGCCGACAACAUUUCUGUCUGCCUGAAAGCUACUCUUAA